AAAAGCACUUCAGCCCUUCGUCCCUUCCUUCCCGAGAGCCUUGGGCGGGCGUGUGCAGAGCUCUGGUCCCGCAGCUUUUUCCCUCAGAACUCUUUUUCCGUCUCCUCCCGUGUCUUUCGUGCCGCUGAAAAGCCGAAGAGAAGCCCGGCCCCGUGUGAAGCGGAGUUGGGAAGCUCCUCCUUUGCCGCCGUCUCCUCUUUCGCCGCCUCCGCAGACGCCGCCGCCGCCGCCAUGGUGAACGUGCCCAAGACCCGGCGCACCUACUGCAAGAAGUGCGGCAAGCACCAGCCGCACAAGGUGACGCAGUACAAGAAGGGCAAGGAUUCCCUGUACGCGCAGGGCAAGCGCCGCUACGACCGCAAGCAGAGCGGCUACGGCGGCCAGACCAAGCCCAUCUUCCGCAAGAAGGCCAAGACCACCAAGAAGAUCGUGCUGAGGCUCGAGUGCGUGGAGCCCAACUGCAGGUCCAAGAGGAUGCUGGCCAUCAAGCGCUGCAAGCAUUUCGAGCUGGGAGGAGACAAGAAGAGAAAGGGACAAGUGAUCCAGUUCUGAGCUGCCUCCAGCGCGCGCCCUCGGCUCCGGGAGAGAAACGAUUAAAAUGCUAAAGUUCCAGCA